GUUUCUGAAAGAGCUGGUCCUUCCGCUCAUCCACUGUAUUCGAAACUACCUUCUGAGCAACAAAAUUUAAUUUUUGAGCCAGCACCGCCGCACACAAGAAAGAUUAUAUUGGCCACCAACAUUGCUGAGACAUCUCUUACGAUCGAUGGCAUUGUAUUUGUCGUUGAUAGUGGAAUGGUAAAGCAAGCUGAAUAUGUGACGAAGGGAAGUGGCGCAGCUCUGGAGUGUACAACACUUGUAACGAUUCGUAUAUCGAAAGCUCAGGCAAAACAACGAUCUGGACGAGCCGGUCGAACACAGCCUGGUGUGGCCUAUCGUCUCUAUUCGGAAGCGAUCUACAAUAAUAUGGCGGAGGCACCCAAACCGGAAAUACUGCGUGGCAAUCUGGAGAUGGUCGUGCUACUUCUAUUCUCGAUGGGUGUGAAAAACAUUCUGCAGUUCGAGUUCCUUGACAGUCCACCCAUGGAUCGUCUACCGAGUACUGUAUAACCAGCAUCGGUCGACAAAUGUCUAGCUUUCCACUCGAACCGUACUUGUCAAAAAUGUUGAUAAUGUCGGCUGAUGUGGGCUGCUCUGAGGAAAUGUUA